GUGAGUCCCUGUUCUUUGGACCUACAAUUCUUCAUGCGAAGGACGGACGGCGGUGGUGAAGUAAUCUCCUCCCAUAGUUCCUCGUGUUACUUAUGAUGGUGACACUCGCAAUUUUGAUGAAUACCCUGAAGCAGACUGGAAAUCAGCACCUUGUGUUGGAGAAUCUGAACAGAAAUUAUUUGAAGAUUUUUGAAUGCUUGGGUGUGCAAGUUUUGUCAUGAUACAAAGCAUUAGAAUCCUUAAAUCUCAUGGAACUAGUGCCUGAUAGUGGGAAGUCCACUGAAGGACCAGUGUGUAAAUUUUAGAGUGAAAUGACAGUUGUGCAUAGUGAAAAUACAGAUAUUUUAAUUAAAAAAGAUGCUAGUCAUGUGUAGAACUAAUAUAUCUUUUUAGACUUCUGAAAUUUACUGCUUUGCAGUGCAUUUUAUAGUAUGAAGAUGUGAAUAUGCAAAGAUUAUACUACACCACCGUUCUUUGUAUUUUUGUGAAGUAAUUGUAGGAACUCUUGUAAAAAAGCAAUGUUGUGUGAUAUAGAUACUUGUUUCCAUCAGUUAGACUAUGAACAUGUUAUACUGUAAAAUUUAGUCAGCACAUUAGUUAAGAACUGUUUUUUAUUCCAAUUGAUAAGUCACUUAAACUAUAAGAAACAAUCUGAAUAUAAAUUAUUCAGAUAUAGAAUUUAAUUUAUAAAAUAUAAUUUUAUUUUUAAUAUUUGAGUCUUAUGAAUCGAAAGGAUGAUUAACACUCUUAGUGCCGGGCCCUGGAAAUUGGGUUGUGCAAUACGUCCCAGAAAGUUUUUGUUUGGAAAAGAUACGCAUUUCUUAUUGUUAUGAAUUAACCCUUAGUGAGUGUAUUUUAGUAUUUGCCUCAGCAGCAUUAUAAAAUAAGUUUCUUAUUAUAACAUGUCUUGUAAACAUCAUCACAAAUUUAUUUCAAGAAACAGAAAAUAUUAUACUUUCUCUUUUUGUUAUGUUUAACAUAUAAAAUGCUAUUUUAACCUUAUCAUUGAGCUCCUUUGUGCAGCGUAAGUGCAAUGUUCAUGAUCUCUGAAUGAAUUAUGGUGAAAUGAAUUUAAUUGUAUGCUUGGUUAUAUUGUAUAUUAUUUUCCUGUAGACUUAGCUCAAUUUCUUCUAGUAGUUCUGAUAUUUUAAAAUGUUUUUGAUUUUUCUCUAAAGGUUUUUACUUUCUAGCAUGGCAUUAGAAAGAAAUGGUGCAAAAUUUUUCUAUAGUCUGAAGAAUGAAGGAUGAUUUUGGAACAUGAUUUCAAUAGUCUUUGGUUUAAACCACGAUAUAGGGUAAAAUAAAAAUUAUUAUAAUUAUGUAGGUACUUAUUAGUUUCUAAAAAUUUUGUUUGGUUUUAUCUUUCUUUAUCUACAGUUUUUGGUUUCUCUUUUUGCUUAUUUAAUUCUUGUAUAAUUUAUUAAAAGAUUGCUUUGAUUCCCUUGCAUUAUAUUUCUGGCACUAGAAGAGAAAUAUAUUUCAAUUAAUUAGUUGCAGUUUAUUUGUAGUCUGUGAUAUAUUUCAGCAUUAAAGUAAGAAGAAAAAAUGCAGAUUAUUGUAAAAGAAUGUAUAAUAUUCAUUUCUUAGUGUACUUUAUACAAGCAAUUCUUUUCUAGAGAUACAUUUGGCUGUUUAUAGAUUGUAAAUAAAAAUUAUGAGAUGAGAAAUUCAUCAGUCAGUUGGUCAAACUUGAGAGAACUUAUUGUGUUGUUAGACAUUUAUGCGUUUACAAAUGAGAACCUUGUGUGAUGUAAAUCAAUGUAUAUAUUAAAUUUGAAGAUGAAAAAUAUAAUUGUAUGACUGAAUUCAAGACAAAGAUGAAUUUCCAAUUCUGUAACAUUGAGUAACACCUGUUUUUGUAUACUAGCAUUAUAAACUACCUUUCCUGUUGCAAGAAAUCAUUCGUAAAAGGGCCUUUUAUGGUACAAAUGAUGACACAUUAGCACUUUAUGGUACGAAUGAUUGCGACAUCACACAUUCAGCCAAUUGUAGAGAUAGAAUCGCGGAGAUAGUGGCUAAUGAAACAGCCGACCACUGUUUACUUGCACAGAUGUCAAAUACCCGAAAUGUCAUAAAAAGAUGUUUCACAAAAUUAAGUUUGAUUCUCUUAUAAAUUCAUAAUGUUUGUAUACAAAAAAAAUAAUUGAAAAGGCAACUUGUUUAUAAUGUUGUUUUAUUGCAUUUGUACAAAUUUGAAAAAACA